AUGUUUAAAUCUCUUACUAAUACUUUAAAAACUUGUGCAUUUCAAAAUUUUAGAAAUAAUUUCGUUCUUAUUUCUAAAAGAAGAAUAAUCUCUAAAAUUUUAUUUAAUUCAUUAUUAUUUGAUGGACGAAAUUCAUUAAGAAAUUCAUUAAAACAAAAUAAUAUUUAUAAAUUUUCGUUGUUGAAAUAUUAUCAUGAAAUACCAAAAAUUCAUCGAAAUUGUUGGAAAUGUGAUUCAGAAAUAGAUUAUUUUUCACUUCAUUGUAAAAAAGAAGAUUGUGGUGUUAUACAAAAGGUACUUCCUAAUGAUGUUACUUAUUUUGAAACAUUAGGAAUCGGAAUUAAACUUGAUGGACGCUUUCUACCAACGUAUAAUAUUGAUUCUGGUCAAUUACGAAAAAAUUUUUUGUUACUUCAACAACUUGUACAUCCUGAUAGUUAUGGUACAAAAGAUCGAAAAGAAUAUAAUUAUGCGCAACAACAAUCUUCUUUAAUUAAUAAAGCUUAUCAAGUAUUACGAGAUCCUCUUUUGAGAGCUAAAUAUAUGCUUCAAUUAAAUAAUGUAUCAAUAAGUGAAUCUGAGUCCUUGCAAGAUCCAGAAUUAUUAAUGGAAAUUUUGGAUGUUAGAGAGCAAUUAGAAGAUAUUACAAAUGAAAAUGAUGUUAAAACAAUUAAAAAUGAAAGUGAAGAAAAAAUAAAGAAUAUUAUAACAGAAUUAUCACAAGCUUUUAAAUCGAAUGAUUUUACCACAGCUAAAGAAUUAACUGUGAAACUACAAUAUUGGUAUAAUAUAAGAGAUGCGAUUAUAAAUUGGCAACCAGGAAAACGUGUUGAGAUCUAUCAUUAG